AUGUCGUUGUCGUGCCGCUAUGCUGCGCAAUGCUGCGCUCGUCAGCUGCGGUCUUCCUCAGCAAUCCGGACCUCUGGAUCUCUUGUGCACCAGAGGAUAUCACGGCGACACCAAUCCACCGAAGCAUUGAACCCCAAGAUUACCGGAAUCGUCGACCAGAUUAGCCAAUUGACUCUCCUUGAGACUGCCGACCUUGUUGCGAGCUUGAAGUCACGGUUAAACAUCCCAGACCUGCCAGUCGGAGGCUUCGCAGCGGCUCCCGCAGCUCCUGCAGCCCAAGCAGCGGCUGAGGAGGCAGACGACGCGGCACCUGCAGCCCAGGAGAAGACUCUCUUCAGCGUGAAACUGACGGCAUUCGAGGCUGGCUCGAAACCCAAGGUCAUCAAGGAAAUCAAGAACUUGCUAGGCCUCAGCUUGGUCGACUCGAAGAAGUUUGUUGAGAGCGCACCAAAGAUGAUGAAGGAAUCCGUACCGAAGGACGAAGCCGAGAAGAUCCUUGCGACGAUGAAGGAGCUGGGCGCUACGGUUGUGAUGGAGUGA